CUUGUUUUGGCAAGUAUGAAGCAGUUUCAUCUUUGUUUGCAGUUAAUCCGCCUUGUUUGUGGUGAACAUACGGUAGACGCCACUCAUGUGAUACAGAUCACUCUUACUCAUGCGCUAGAGCUUAAACCUUACUUUGAGGAACCUUUCUCUUCAACUGCACGAUCAUCUGAUUUUCAUGGUCCAGAUUCUUGCCAUCAAGUUAGACAUGAUUUUGUUCUUUCAAAUAGGAACGCUGUUGAUGAGUACUGGAACACUCUGGAGUACUUAUUGGCUGGUGCUAAUCCAGAAGCUGCUUCAAAUGCUUCCCCAGAAUCUGCAAAUCAAGAGGUGUUCCAUUGUUUUCACAAUAGGAAGCAAAUGCGUCUCUGUAGAUUCCAAGGAGUUGUAACUGCCAAAUGGAUGGAGGUUCGGUCCAUAAAAGGACGGAAUAAUUAUUUACAGAAAAGAAAGAGGUCAUCAGGUGGAGAUCCUGCAAGACAUGUAAAGUUACGCACUUCAGACGUACGACCAAGUGACAAGAGCACAUUCGAUACUGUUGACCCAUUCCCCGAUGAACAAAAUGCUUUCCUGGUUUCUCCAGGGGAUGUUGGAUGUAAUUCUCAAAUAAAUUGUGUUGGUGAUCAUAGGGAGGUUACCAAAGGGAUAGAUCAAUGCGAAAAAACUGAGGCCAAUCACUCUUUCAUGAAGAGAAGUGAUAUCUCAAGUCUGAAGCCAACAUGCAGAGCAAGUUUCUCCUGGAGCGAAGAUGCAGACAGGCAAUUGGUGAUUGAAUUUGUAAGACACAAAGCUGUCCUUGGGCCAUAUUCUCGUUUUAAAUGGGCCUCAGUCAAAAACCUUCCAGCGUCACCUGAUGCCUGCAAAAGGAGAAUGACUGCUUUGAACAGCUGUAUGCAAUUCAGAAGUGCUUUAAUGAAUCUCUGUAAUGAAGUCUUGGAGCGUUAUGCACGACACCUCCAGAACAGGUCUUUAGAUUGCGGUGAUUGUGAAGAGAUGGUUUGGCAUCAUGCCUCAGAAGAAGAAGAUUUGGAUCAAGGUGUUUCUGACGGCCGUGAACAUUCUAGAAAGGCUGUUGCACACGAGCGGUGGGAUGAUUGUGACAAUGACAACGUAAAGGUUGCCCUAGAUAAGGUGCUAGAAUGCAAAAACAUGGCUAAGUUGGAUGGUAGCAAUGGAGUUCAAUCUGCCAAUGAUAAUUCAGAUCUCAGUUUAAAUGCUGAAAGACCUGUAAGUCCUGUUGUUGCAGUACGUCAUAGAUGUGCAUGACAUUUUAUGCCUGUU